GAUGCAGCUAUUUGGAGGAGAAUGGAAUUUUCCAGGAGGCAGACCCUCUAGUAACUUCGAUACGUUCCCUAUAGCCUUGUUAACAGUCUUCCAAAUACUAACUGGAGAAGAUUGGAACGAAGUUAUGUACAACGGCAUACAGUCUCAGGGAGGAAUUCAUGGUGGAGGAAUGGUCUAUUGCUCAUAUUUCAUCGUUCUCGUAUUAUUUGGCAACUACACACUGCUCAACGUUUUCUUGGCUAUCGCCGUCGAUAACUUGGCAAAUGCUCAGGAAUUAACCGCUGCCGAAGAGGAAGCUGAUGAAGAAGAAGAAAAGAGACGGCAGGAGGUGAAAGACGAAGUUGCCCAACAAUUUGACAGUCAUUCUCACGUUGCACAGGUCGAAAAUAAUAAAGAAGAACAAUCGCAACUGGAUAUGAGGGAGCAAUUCCCAACUAGUUUUCCUCCAGCACAUAUGAGAAUUGGAGCAGGAGGAGCUCCUAUGGUGAACAUUUGUCCACCGUCACCGCAGAACAAUAAAGACCCUAAGACUGGGAACUUUAAUUAUACUGAUCAGGCGUCAAAUAAUAAGAGUAACAUUGACAAAGCGAAAGCCUCUGGAAAAAGUGAGACUGAAGCCAGAGAAGACGCUGAGAGCGACGAUGGUAGCGACGGAAGCGAAAAAGAAGGCGAGGGAGAACAAACGUUUACUGGUCCGAAACCUAUGCUGCCUUAUUCCUCCAUGUUUAUCUUCGGGCCAACUAAUCCUAUUCGACGCUUUUGCCACUUUGUGGUUAACUUACGCUACUUCGAUCUAUUCAUCAUGAUCGUUAUUUGUGCGUCUUCCAUUGCACUUGCAGCAGAAGAUCCAGUAGAUGAGAAGUCUUAUAGAAAUAAAAUAUUAAAUUACUUCGAUUAUGUAUUUACUGGAGUCUUUACAGUAGAGAUGAUCUUGAAGAACAUAGACCUUGGAAUGAUCAUUCAUCCAGGGUCUUACUUCAGAGACUUGUGGAAUGUUCUCGACGCUACCGUCGUUGUGUGUGCCCUUACAGCGUACGCUUUUGUGGAUAGCACAAGUGCCGGAAAGAAUUUGAAUACCAUUAAGUCGUUGAGAGUCCUUAGGGUACUUCGACCUUUAAAGACAAUUAAUAGGGUCCCUAAACUAAAGGCCGUUUUCGAUUGUGUAGUUAAUUCUUUGAAGAAUGUUUUAAAUAUAAUGAUUGUCUACCUUUUAUUUCAAUUCAUCUUUGCUGUUAUUGCCGUACAACUUUUCAAAGGGAGAUUCUUCUAUUGUACGGAUGCUUCAAAAAAUACCAAGACAGAAUGUCAAGGACAAUAUUUUGUUUAUGACAAGAAUAAAAAUAUACCGAGUGUAGAUGAUAGAAAAUGGAAUAGAUGGGAUUUUCAUUACGACAAUGUUCUUGCUGCUAUGCUGACUCUUUUCACGGUGCAAACUGGUGAAGGUUGGCCUGCUGUUUUAAAGCACUCAAUGGAUUCUACAUACGAGAACCGGGGUCCGUCACCCGGAUAUCGAAUGGAAAUGGCAAUUUUCUACGUGGUCUACUUUAUAGUCUUUCCUUUCUUCUUUAUUAACAUAUUCGUCGCUUUGAUUAUCAUUACAUUCCAAGAACAAGGUGAAAAUGAACUGGUCGAUCAAGAUCUUGAUAAAAACCAGAAACAAUGUAUCGAUUUCGCCAUUAACGCCCGUCCUCUUUGCCGUUAUAUGCCCAAGAACAAACAAUCAGUUAAAUAUCGGAUUUGGCGAAUAGUUGUCUCGGCACCUUUUGAGUACUUUAUUAUGGUUAUGAUUGCGUUAAAUACCAUAAUUCUCAUGAUGAAGGUAUGUACGGUUAUUUUACACUUAUAUUAUUGA